UCUGUACAGUACGUGUACAGUACAUGUAUAUGCUUGUACAGCAGGCCUACGUACGACGUGUACUGCACACAGUGUAGUGGACACAAUAUACAUGUACAUGUACACAGUCAUUCAUUAUGCUUGUAAACACGAAAGACUGCAUGUGUGAACGUUUUCUGGUGGCACUGGCAACUGUAUCCGUCAUAGACGCACUCUGCUUGGGAUUUCGCGUUUGUCUUCACUCACGUGUUUCCCGAUAAAAUACACCGAUUUUCAUUCGAUCUAGUUUUCGUUAUAUCGAACAUUUCAAGUUUGUUGCUUCUUAUUUGGUCUACGUUUUGUCCAUACGUUUUGAUUUGAAAAAUUCGGAUACGUACAUGUACAUGUACUUCAAAGCAGGUGUGUAUGCACCAGCUGUGGAUUUUUUUGCGAGAAUUUGUUGGUAGGCCUUUGCCUAGAAACUUUCCGUUUUCUCACGGAACAAUGGAAGUACGAGUUCAGGGACACAUUGAGUUGGUCUUCUUUUUAGUGUUGAUAACGAUGAUGUCGCUGGUUGGAGGUGAUGACGGAGCCAUGAAAAAUAAAGCAAGGACGACCUUCACAUCAAAGCAAAGCCCGGAUUUGGGUCCAAAUGGGAGAACAUUCUCAGAAACCGAUGGCCUUGACAAUAAGAUCUCAGCAUUUCUUCGAGACAAACAUUACACAGGUGCGACUAUUGGUAUUGCAAGAAGAGAUGAAGUUCUCUACACUCAGGGUUAUGGACAUUUAGAUGAUGACAUUCAAAUGACACCAACAAACCUACUACCUAUCUCAAGCUUGUCCAAGACCAUUACAGCAGUGGCCAUAUUGAAACUGGUUGAAAAUGGAGACUUGAAGCUAACUGAUCCAGUUUUCGGUCCUGACGGCAUCCUGUCAUCUUUCAAACCACCCAAAAAGAAGGAUAUGGACCCCCGUCUUCUCAAUAUUAUGGUUGGCCACUUACUUCACCACACCGCUGGCUGGAGCCAGACUAGACCUCAGCUUCAUGACCCCAUGAUGAACUCUGUCUAUCUGUCCAGAGGUCACAAUGUCACUGAUAUUGCCACUGAGAUGAAUUUGGGACAUGACCUUUCACCUAACGAUGUCAUUACCUACAUGAUGAGGCAACCUCUUGAUCAUCCUCCUGGUAUGAAGUAUGAGUACUCCAACUUUGGGUACAGUGUACUUGGACGAGUAAUAGAGCACAUUAGUGGUAAAAGGUAUGUCUCAUUCAUCAGAUCUGAGAUUCUAAAACCACUAGGUAUGUGGCACACACGACUUGGCCCUCACAGUUCAGUGCAGAUGAGACACAACAAUCACAUUCCUGUAAUAAAUUUCUUUGAGGGCGACAUCCCGUUAUCUGAUAUCAGGAGAGAAACCCUCCAAAAGUCAUACACCCUUCUGGAUUCCACUCUUGGAUGGUGGUCGACUACUUAUGACUUGAUGCGCUUUGUUACUGGUCUUACUUCAGGUAUAGUUCUCAAUGCCACAACUCUAGAACUCUUGACUAAACAUCCUAGUGCACCUGUAUCCGAGCAUCGAGAUACUUGGCAUGGCCUUGGUGUCCAAGCUAACGAGGAUGGAGGUUGGUGGCAGAUAGGAGAUCCCCAUGACAAUGAGAUCAUCCUCUUCCACCAAAAAUCUCCAACACAAGCCAAAUCUAAACAGUUGAGAUUCAAAAAGCCAAGACAGAACUCUUGCAGUUGGGUGGUUAUUUUGAGUGACAAUAACCGUAAGAAUCUCAGGCAGGUAUUCGGUCAAAUGAUAUCUACCCACACUCAGUGGCCUGUGGAUAACUUACUAAUUGAAGACUGUAGUGAGUACCCAGUUAGAAUGGGGCAUGAACACUCAACUCUCAUGAAUUCUCACAUCAGCGAGAGCCACUUCCCAAUGUUCCUCAAUGCAGCAUCCAGACUUUUUUACUACCCUGUAUGGAUUAGUGCUUACAACAUCAAGCAGAAAACUUACAUGGCUGCUGUGUUAAAGAGAGAUACUGAAAACAUAUAUAAAGUCACACACGGUGUAACAAAAGCUGAUUUAAUUAACCUGAGAAUGGAAAACCUAAUAGAUGGCAUGUACCUCAACUUUUUAACCAGCUACAUAAGCCACCAAUCCAAUGAUGACACCCGCUACACUGCCAUAUUCAGUGAAACUCCUUCUCAAAGUACACAGUUUGGGAUUGGUGAAACUUUCACUGAAUUCCAAGCCUCCAUUAAUGAAGAGAAAGGGCAUCACAUGCCAAACACCCAAAGUGUGGUAUCUAUAAAUGGAGUUAGAUACUUCACAUACUCACUGAGUGAUAAGGAGGUAUACCAUUGGAAGAGGUAUGAUAAUCUGACCCUAGACCAACUGGAAUUGCAGAUCAGGACAAAUGCAAAAAAGGACAAAGUUCUUUUAUAUCUUGACUCAUAUACUCAUCUUGGGGAAGUUCUAUUCUCUGCCAUCUUUGGUCGAAGCAAGGCAGGAAAAUGGCAAGUACAGACCAAGAUCCAACAAAGUGUGCUAUUGAGCCAGAGCUCCAUCUAUCAAGGUUUGCAUUUUCGACCAAACAUAGUAGUGGGAUAUGCAUGUAAGGGUAAACCAUGUUUUAUAAUAAUGUGGACUAAAAAAUGAAAUAAAGAAAAUACUACUCUUUAGUUUGUGAUCUAUUUGUGUACUUCUGGGUGCUAAAUUUUAGCUAUGGAAAAGUUAUCUCAGUUUUUUGCAUAAAAAUGGGGGAACAAAAAUUUGUACAACCAGUAGCUACAUGUACCGGUUACAGUUGUUAGUUAUAAUUUUAGUUGAGCAAAGAAGGAUCAACUGUCACAGGACAGACACCAUGGUGACCUGUAGUCAUUUCUUAAAAAUAGCCCUUUUUUCAAGUUUUUAGCUUUCCUUGCUUGGCUUGCCAAUUAGAGACAAAUUUUAAAAUGCCAAAGUGUACAAAAUCAUAUAAACUGCAGACCUCUGAUCGGAGACUGGACACAGAAAUCGUAAUUAUGCAAAAUUAUGUACAUGUAUGUAGAUAUAUAGACGUAUUUAUAACACCUCAUUCUCUUGAUAUGUAUAUUUUGCAAUGGUUUUUCUUGGAAAUAUCCUUUGAUACAGUUAAUAAUUUUUUUACUUUAAUAACAGGGACAUCAAGGCUACAUAAGCAACAUCAGAAAAAAAGUUGUCAGGCAGCUUUGAAGAAGUAAAAAUAAUCAUAUUUAACCCUAACAAGUAUGUAAAUAAGACUGAAUGGACUUUUUAAAAGAUAAUGUAAAGGUACAUCUCAAUGAAAUCUUGAAACUUAUUACUUUAUGGUGAAACAUGAAAAUACACGUAUGUUUAUAACUGCAAAUGCUGUUUUAGUGGGCAGUUACUUUUUUUAAGAUUCCAAAAGUAUAUGUUAGUGUUGUGUUGGGAUAAGAAGGGAUGACACAAAUUAUACUGUCAGAUUUUUAUUACCUGUAUAAGAGGCAGAGUCAGGUUUAUUUAGCCAAACUACAUCCUAGAUAAUAUUUAAUUUAUCACAAAAUAAAGGGCGUAGUGGCCUACAUUCUUGAUAUUUUAGUGAAAAGCAAUGCUUAGAUGAUCAUUCUUAGCUACAAUGAAGAUACAUUAAUAUAAUGUUCAAUUUCUUUUCAAUGUUCAUAUAAUUAUCAAGCAGAGGUGUAAACAGAUUAACCAGACACCGAAGAAAAAUUAUAGUUUCCAUGAAAGCACACAGCACAAGAAAUAGAUAAGUGACUACCUGUGAUCUGGGUGAGAUCUGAAUCUUUGUCACAACAGCUGAAAUCAGUGAGAUCAUCAACAUUUUAAAGCACAUCACCACAGAGACACAAAAGAUGGCUUGGUAUAAGUAAAGGAAAUGUAUUAAUAUGAAGUCUCUGGAAACUGAGUAGUGUUCUAAGAGGAAUCAAAUGAUUCAAUCAAUAUCAGGCAAUGCUUUGUCCAUCAGGAGCCUGUUAGCAACCACUAUAUCAGAUAAUGCUUGGUCCAUCAGGAGCCUGUUAGGAACCACUGUAUCAGAUAAUGCUUUGUCCAUCAGGAGCCUGUUAGGAACCACUAUAUCAGAUAAUGCUUGGUCCAUCAGGGCCUGUUAGGAACCACUAUAUCAGAUAAUGCUUGGUCCAUCAGGGCCUGUUUGGAACCACGAUAUCAGAUAAUGCUUGGUCCGUCAGGAGCCUGUUAGGAACCACUAUAUCAGAUAAUGCCUUGUCCAUCAGGAGCCUGUUAGGAACCACUAUAUCAGAUAAUGCUUGGUUCAUCAGGAGCCUGUUUGGAACCACUAUAUCAGAAAAUGCUUUGUCCAUCAGGAGCCUGUUAGGAACCACUAUAUCAGAUAAUGCUUUGUCCAUCAGGAGCCUGUUAGGAACCACUAUAUAUGAUAAUGCUUUGUCCAUCAGAAGCCUGUUAGGAUACCAAAUUCAGACGGUGUUUAGCUUUGAGAAGGUGUACAUACAUGUAGUUAAUCCCCCUGUUGGUGUUGCAUGAACCAUACCAAGGGAUGGGUGGAAUGCAUACAUACAGAAACUAUAGCUGUAUUCAUCAGCUUAAUUAAUCUCUGCCAUUCUUGGAUUUAUAUGAUGUCUUCUUUCACUCCAGAAAUACCUCAUCAUUUGAUCCACACUUGAUGCCUGGAGAUUCAGUAGAUAUACAUGUACAUCAAUUGACCAGCUUGCAGAUUUGAAUUUUAAAGAUCCAAAGAUGAGCAUGGGAGUAAGUGUAGAUAUUUAGCAUGGAGAUACCAUUCUUAAAUCGUAAUUAUGGAGCUUAAUGUUAGACAUUGUUUGCAUUUUGAAAUAAAUUUAUGAAUUCAAAAGAAUGAGA